UAAUUAAUGCUUUAUAUUUUAAAUCUGUUACUAAACCAUCAGUUGUAUCCGUAUUAAUAUGUACACUUGUAUAUUUAUCAAGUAUUUGUUUAAUAUCAAAAGAAAUGAUUUCAACAUUACAACAAUUAUUAACUAAUGCUUUACAAGAUUCAAGAAAACAAAUUGGUCAAGUACCUGUUGAAAAAUAUCCAUCACAAGUAACAACAACAACAAAAUAA